UCCCACGAGGGGAGGUGCAGAGGAGGUACGCUGGCCACCCGGGAGCGCGGGAGUGAGGCCUGCAAGAUGGAGGAAGGCGGGAACCCGGGAAGCCUGACCAAAGUGGUCCAUCUACUGGUCUUGUCAGGGGCCUGGGGCAUGCAAGUGUGGGUGACCUUCGUCUCAGGCUUCCUGCUUUUCCGAGGCCUUCCUCGACAUACCUUCGGCCUUGUACAGAGCAAACUCUUCCCUUUCUACUUUCACAUCUCCAUGGGCUCUGCCUUCGUCAACCUCUGCGUCUUAGCCUCACAGCAUGCCUGGGCUCAGCUCACAUUCUGGGAGGCCAGCCAGCUCUGCCUGCUGCUCGUGAGCCUCACACUGGCCACCAUCAACGCCCGCUGGCUGGAGCCCCGAACCACGGCCACCAUGUGGGCCCUGCAGGCCAUGGAGAAGGAGCGGGGCCUGGGUGGGGAGGUGCCAGGCAGCCACCAAGGCUCAGACCCCUACCGCCAGCUGCGGGGGCAGGACCCCAAGUACAGUGCCCUCCGCCAGAACUUUUUCCGCUACCAUGGCUUGUCCUCCAUUUGCAAUCUGGGUUGCCUCCUGAGCAAUGGGCUUCAUCUUGCUGGCCUCGCCCUGGGCCUCAGGGGCCUCUAGCACCCACUGACUCUCUGUCUCUGCUGGGGCCCCCAAAUGUCAAUAAAUGCUUCUUUGGAAAUGA